AGUCCAUCAUGUAAUCAAAAGACUUAUUGAGAAGUCGAUGUCUUACUCCAUGACUUUUAGGGAACAAGAGAACAAUAGCCUGACACAAAAGGUUCGGUCCAAUUUAGGUGCCUUUUUAGACGCCCAAUAGAACCCAUCAUUGAUUAUUGAUUUAAGACCUUGAUAAGGUGAAUACCCAGUCUAUUCAAUGCUAGGCAUAAUGAGUAUAAGAACCUCAAAAAUUCUCUUUUCGUCCUAUCCUAUGAACUUUAAGGUGUAUGAAGUUUCAUAUUGGAUUCUUUAAGCAGAAGUGGGGCGAUGGAGAUUCCAUUUAACUUAGGUUGAUCUAAGCCAAAAGCAGACCUACGUCAGGAUAACCCUUCUCUUCUUUGAAACACUUUGGUAGUGCUCUUGGAUCGGAAUACAUAAAUCAGAGCACACGGAGCCAUCUUCUUAUCUUUCUGCCAAGAGAAUUAUGGUAGACUAACGGAUUAUUUAUAUCAGUUAAUGAACGAGCCCAAUGCAAAACAAAAAAAUGCAUGUUGGGUCUUUGAAAAAGUUCGAAUCAUUUUGAUAAAAAUCAGUUUGAUCUGUUUUACCGAGAAGGUCUACGGUUCGAGUCCGUAUAGCCCUAAAAAAAAUUUAAAAUAAAUAAAAUAAUAAUAAAAUAUAAUAAAAUAAUAUAUAAAUAUAUAAAUUUCUAAAUUCUAUAUAAUAGAAUAAUUUAUAUAUUAAAUAAUAAUAUUUAAUAUAAAUAACAAUAUUAUUUGAUAUAGAAUAUAAAUAUAGAAUAUAGAAUAAUAAUAUAAUAUAUAAAAUUAAAAUAAAUAAUUUCUAAAAUUAAAAUUAAAAUAAUAGAAAAUUAAAAUAAUAAUAAAAAAAAAAAAAAAAAAAAAGAAAAAAUUCUAAUAGAAUUUAGACAUUCUAAACAACUAAACAAAAAAUGAGAAUUAUAUUUUGAAUUCCCUCUUUUUUAGAGAGAAUCAAAGGUGAAGUGAAAAGGCGGAAGGGGGGGUCUUCUUUAUAUUUUAUAUAAGAGCAAUAUCUAUUUAUACUAUAUCAAUAUUAUAUCAAUAUCGAAAAAAAAUUCAAAAAUUGAAGUAAACGUAAUGGAAAAAUUAUAGUCGACGAAUCUUGAAACGAGACAUAUACCAAAGCAAACAAAAAAAACUAGGUGGUUGAAUCAAAAUAAAUUGUUGUUUUGACUAACCGGUUAUAGAUGAGUUAGGAAUUAAUUCCAAUUCGACUCGACUAAUCUAGUAUAUUUUCCACAUUCAUAGGAGUGCGCCUAUGUUUCUGAUUUACGAAUAUGAUAUAUUCUGGGCAUUUCUAAUAAUAUCAAGUGUUAUUCCUAUUUUAGCAUUUCUAAUUUCCGGAGUUUUAUCCCCGAUUAGCAAAGGGCCGGAGAAACUUUCUAGUUAUGAAUCGGGUAUAGAACCAAUGGGUGAUGCUUGGUUACAAUUUCGAAUCCGUUAUUAUAUGUUUGCUCUAGUUUUUGUUGUUUUUGAUGUUGAAACACUAUUUCUUUAUCCAUGGGCAAUGAGUUUCGAUAUAUUGGGGUUAUCCGUAUUUAUAGAAGCUUUCAUUUUCGUGCUUAUCCUAAUUGUUGGUUCAGUUUAUGCAUGGAGAAAAGGAGCAUUAGAAUGGUCUUAGCUCUUGAAUAUUCCGCAAAAAAUAAUGAAAAAAAAAAUAACAUUGAGAAAAUUAUGAAUUCCAUUGAGUUUCCUUUACUUGAUCGAACAACUCAAAUUUCAGUUAUUUCAACUACAUCAAAUGAUCUUUCAAAUUGGUCAAGACUCUCAAGUUUAUGGCCACUUCUCUAUGGUACCAGUUGUUGCUUCAUUGAAUUUGCUUCAUUAAUAGGCUCACGAUUCGACUUUGAUCGUUAUGGGCUAGUACCAAGAUCUAGUCCUAGACAAGCGGACCUGAUUUUAACAGCCGGCACCGUAACCAUGAAAAUGGCUCCUUCUUUAGUGAGAUUAUAUGAACAAAUGCCUGAACCAAAAUAUGUUAUUGCUAUGGGGGCAUGUACAAUUACAGGGGGGAUGUUCAGUACCGAUUCUUAUAGUACUGUUCGGGGAGUUGAUAAGCUAAUUCCUGUAGAUGUCUAUUUGCCAGGCUGUCCACCUAAACCGGAGGCGGUUAUAGAUGCUAUAACAAAACUUCGUAAAAAAAUAUCUCGAGAAAUUUAUGAAGAUCGAAUUAGGUCUCAACCGGUGAAACGGUCACCGGGCGGGCUGUUAGCUAGUGUAUAUCAUCUUACGAGAAUAGAGUAUGAUAUAGAUCAACCAGAAGAAGUAUGUAUAAAAGUAUUUGCCCCAAGGAAGAAUCCUAGAAUUCCGUCUGUUUUCUGGGUUUGGAAAAGUGCGGAUUUUCAAGAAAGUGAAUCUUAUGAUAUGCUGGGAAUCUUUUAUGAUAAUCAUCCACGCUUGAAACGUAUCUUAAUGCCGGAAAGUUGGAUAGGGUGGCCCUUACGUAAGGAUUAUAUUGUUCCCAAUUUUUAUGAAAUACAAGAUGCUCAUUGAAUAAUAAGAAACUAAGCUUCAGUGUUACAACUCCAGAUAUUCAAGGAAUAUUUGUACGCUCUCUUAUAGAUCAACAGAGUUUUUGAAGUCUCAUUCAUAUUAUUAUGGAUAUACUAAAAAAAAAUAAUAAUAAUAAUAAUACAAUUAGGAAUUCAUUGAAUUCUCAAAUUUUGAAGAUAUUGAUUUCGGACGAGCCGAGCUAACUAAUAGGAUGAACUAAACGAAUUCUACAUCAUGAACUUUGUACCGCGCACAUCCCUUACUUAGAUGAGCUAUAUAAAGUCACAUAACAUAGGAGAGAAUGAAAAAAUAGAAUAUGAAAGAAAAUAAAGAAAUGAAAGAGGAUCAGAUUCUAUUUAUACUGUAUCUGAGACUAAUCUUGGAUAUUUACACCCUUCAACUCCUAUAGACUAGACUUUUAGGUUUUUUAACUAACUAAUUUAACUUUAACCUUUCGAAUCUAUAUGAAGUAUUAACAUUCUUUUUGACCGAGAGGAGACACACACAUUAUGAACAAAUCAAAUAAAAAAGAAGAGGAAACGAAACAUAAUCUAAUUUUUUUUUUUAUAUACUUUUUUAUAAUAGAAACUCUUUAUUUAUAACAUAAACUCUUUGCUCAUCUAAAAAGGUUCUAUCUACAGACAUCUAGAUGGAUAAGUUAAGUAUAUAUCAUGAUCUAUACUAUUAAUGAAUAUGCAUGUCGAUCUAUAUCAGAUCUAUAUCAAUUAAUUUAAUUAAGUUGUAGAAUAGAUACUCAUACACAAUGCCAGGAACCAGAUUUGAACUGGUGACACGAGGAUUUUCAGUCCUCUGCUCUACCAGCUGAGCUAUCCCGACCAUUUUCGACGCGUCAUCUUCCUCAUUUUACUAAACGACUUGGGUCUAUGUCAAUUAAAAAAAAGUAAAAAAAAGACGAAAAAGUAUUCUAAAAGCCUUAUCCAGACCUGGAAUGUUUUGUAUCUUUUUUUAAAAUAAAAAGAAAAAAAAAAAGACGACUUCGUAAAUUUCAGUUCGAAUAAUGAUUUUGAUUGUUAAUCAUUCCAAUUCCCAAUGUGGAUUCUUGUUUUGCUCAAAGAUGUUCGUUUGUAUGUGUAUCAUAUCUAUUCCAAGACUUGUGAAAAAAAAUCCAGCCUGGAUAUGUUUGUGAAAGAAUCGAAUGAAUGAGAAAGAUAAUGAGAUUUGAACCGUUAACGAAAAGAGAGAAUAGGAUAAAAAUAAUUAGGGAGUCGAGCGGGCCUUUUUUGGGGAUAGAGGGACUUGAACCCUCACGAUUUCUAAAGUCGACGGAUUUUCCUCUUACUAUAAAUUUCCUUGUUGUCGAUAUUGACAUGUAGAAUGGGACUCUAUCUUUAUUCUCGUCCGAUUAAUCAGUUAUCUAUCCGACUUUGGAAUGAAUGAUUUGAUCAAUUAAUAUUCAACCCUUUCUUCAACUUGGAAUCAAUUCAAAACAAUUUUGUUUUUAUUUCAUUUUUCAUAUAAAGAUAAAAAAAAUACGGAUUUGGGCUCCUAUUAAUCUUAAUUAAUCUUAAUCAUUUGAGAUAGUCUUUCAGUACGUAUACGUAUGUAUAUACGGUUAUCCUUUCUGAAGUUUUGACGGAAGGAUUUCUUUACUUUACUAAUGCAACGCAGUCAACUCCAUUUAUUAGAACAGCUUCCAUUGAGUCUCUGCACCUAUCCCCCCCUUUUUUUUAUUCUGUCUUUACUUUGUUUGUUUUCGGAAAACAGGAUUUGGCUCAGGAUUGCCCAUUUUUAAUUCCGGGGUUUCUCUGAAUUUGAAAGUUAUCACUUAGUAAGUUUCCAUACCAAGGCUCAAUCCAAUUAAGUCCGUAGCGUCUACCAAUUUC